GCAAACUCCAUCCCACCUCCAUCAUGUAAGACCCAACCGCAAAUCACCAGCGUGAGCAGAAGCAAGAAGAAGUGCUCCGCCAUCUCUCGCCACCUCCCGCGAUCUAAACCAGCAGUGACGACCAGGAUCAGCGACAAACAGAGGCAAGAGCCAGCCCCGUCUCUGCCCCGCACGCCGCCACCUCUGCCAGUCGUAGUUCCUUCCGUCCAUCGAUUCGGCAACCCAAAUUCAUUCGAAUCGUAUUCUAAACGCGGCGAUGUCGACGGCAAAGACGGCGGGGGAUCGAACGACGACCACCAA